GGGGGAUCACGCUGGUACUCUUCUUGCACGAUACCGCAUCCGGGCUUGCCAGCCCCACCGUCCUGCGUUUCUGUCUCGUGGACACCUCAGACCUGGCCAGUCUCUCCCUGCUGCGGUCCUCAUGACAGACCCCAGAGAUCCAGGAGACAGUCUGGACCCCUCCUCCCUCUCCCUCCACAUCCAGUCAAAUCUGGCUCCUACGACCUCCAUAACCCCCUCUAUCCAUCCUUUCCCCUUCACCCUCCUUGCCAGUGCCCUUGUCCACCCGCCUUGCUCUCCCACCUGGACAGGACUCUCUGCUUCCAGAGGGAGAGCUUUCAGAAACAGGAAUAUGACCCUGUAACCUCCCAUGGUUCCCUUUGCCCUCUGGAUAAAGUGCACACUGCUUUUUUGACUGAGCCCCACCUUCUCCCUCCUGUAAGCCCAUGCUGCAGCUGCACCUGACCACUCAUUGAACCCCAUCCCCAGGCCUCUGCUCUGUCAGAAACACCCAGUCUUACCUCCAACUGUACCCCACCCCUACACCCUCCCGUUCUGCCCAGACCCUGGCCUCACUCUCCUCCUCUGGCUUCUCCAGAGCUGCGGCAGUGGGAAGAGCAGGGAGAGCUGCUCCUGCCCCUCACCUUCCUUCUCCUCGUGCUGGGCUCCCUGUUGCUCUACCUGGCUGUGUCACUCAUGGACCCAGGCUACGUGAACACUCAGCCCCAGCCCCAGCCCCAGGUGGAGCCCAAGGAGGAGCAGAUGGCCAUGGUUCCUCAGGCCUUCCCCCUUCGGUGCUGCAGAUGCUGCCUGGUGGUGGACCCUGGGUCUUGGGGCCAAGCCCUGGCCUCACCCCUCCUCCAGGAAGGCCUCCCAGAUUCAGGCCCUCAUCCAUGCCCACAGCAGCCCCUGCGGGCCCGGCACUGCCGUGAGUGCGGCCACUGUGUCCGCCGCUACGACCACCACUGCCCCUGGAUGGAGAACUGCGUGGGGGAGCGCAACCACCCGCUCUUUGUGGCCUACCUGGCAUUGCAGCUGGUGGUGCUUCUGUGGGGCCUGAACCUGGCAUGGUCAGGCCUCCGGUUCUUCCAGCCCUGGGGGCUGUGGCUACGGUCCAGUGGGCUCCUGUUUGCCACCUUCCUGCUGCUGUCCCUCUUCUCCUUUGUGGCCGGCCUGCUCCUGGCUUCACACCUCUACCUGGUGGCCAGCAACACCACCACCUGGGAGUUCAUCUCCUCACACCGCAUUGCCUACCUCCGCCAGCGCUCUGGCAACCCCUUUGACCGCGGCCUGAUCCGCAAUUUGGCCCACUUCUUCUGUGGAUGGCCUUCAGGGUCCUGGGAGACCCUCUGGGCCGAGGAGGAGGAAGAGGGCAGCAGCCAAACUGUUUAGGAUUGUUGGGAGACAGGGCUGCCAUCUUGGGCCUGAAAACCAGAGGGGCUGCCUCCAGCUGGGGUCUGCCCUCGGAGAGCGUGGGGCUCUUCACUCCUGCCCACUCCUCCUAGACCUCAGGGCAGAGCGUAAAGACAAUGCCUGCCUCAGUGGGCACUUCUGCCCUCCAAAGGAAGAAGGGAAGGAAGAGGACUCGCAGGGGACUUGGACCCCUCGAUUCUUAGCCCUCCACCACCACCACCACCCCAAGCCAAGCUGCCUCUGUCAAGCACAGUUUUACAAAUUUAAUAAUCCAUAAAGCAAGUCAAGUAUUAAAAAAAUAAAACAAACCGCU